UCGGUUCAGUUCAGUCCAGUGGAUCCCAAAUACCAAACGGACUCAGUUCCGAAUUGAGAAUUCUGAAAUUUCGACAAGUGUUUUCAAGCGGCGCGAUACAACAACAAGUGAUAUAAUUACUCUAGCUGAAAGUCUGAGAAAGAGUUUUUUUUGAAAAGUGUUGGUUGAUUGUUUUCCAAGUUUUUUUCGAGUGUUGGCCAGUGCAUUGGACCCGUUUCGUCUCACCUCUUGUUUUUUGAAAAAAGCACUCCUAAUAUCCAAGUAGGCCAACGCCAAUGGCAGCCAGGACAGUCUUAUGAUGAACUUGCUGGUGGUCAAGGAAAGCGGCGAGCGGAUCGCCGACAUCAGCUGUAGCCAAGAGCAUAAUACCGAUUCCCAUCGAAACCAGACCCGAUUAGCCAAUCAUCGCAAGCUGGCGCCACUCGAGAUUGCGACAGGUGGAUCUGGAGUGGGAGGAUCUGGAAACGGAAACGGAACCGGAGGUGGAUGUGGGCCAGCCUUUCGCUGGCAGUUGCUCCUUCUCCUCCUGCUCUGCAACUGCAUUGAUCUUACCGUUUCGAACAAAAUCUCCUCAGUGGGCGCCUUCGAGCCGGACUUUGUGAUUCCGCUGGAGAACGUGACCAUAGCCCAAGGUCGGGACGCGACCUUCACGUGCGUGGUGAACAACCUCGGGGGUCAUCGGGUGAGUGGUGACGGUUCGUCAGCCCCAGCCAAGGUCGCCUGGAUUAAGGCCGAUGCCAAGGCAAUCCUGGCCAUACACGAGCACGUGAUAACCAACAAUGAUCGAUUAUCGGUGCAGCACAACGACUACAACACAUGGACGCUCAACAUACGCAGCGUCAAAAUGGAGGAUGCCGGCAAAUACAUGUGUCAGGUCAACACGGAUCCCAUGAAGAUGCAGACUGCCACCUUGGAGGUGGUCAUUCCGCCGGACAUCAUCAAUGAAGAGACCUCUGGGGAUAUGAUGGUUCCAGAGGGCGGGUCCGCCAAACUCGUAUGUCGAGCUCGAGGUCAUCCCAAACCCAAGAUCACGUGGCGACGAGAGGACGGAAGGGAAAUUAUUGCCCGCAAUGGCUCGCACCAGAAAACAAAAGCCCAAUCGGUGGAGGGCGAAAUGCUGACGCUGUCAAAGAUCACGCGAUCGGAAAUGGGCGCCUACAUGUGCAUCGCCUCCAACGGAGUGCCGCCGACGGUGAGCAAACGGAUGAAGCUACAGGUGCACUUUCAUCCGCUGGUGCAAGUGCCAAAUCAAUUGGUCGGCGCCCCGGUCCUCACGGAUGUCACAUUAAUUUGCAAUGUCGAGGCAUCGCCGAAGGCCAUCAAUUAUUGGCAGCGCGAGAAUGGUGAAAUGAUUAUUGCCGGCGAUCGUUACGCGCUCACCGAAAAGGAGAAUAAUAUGUAUGCCAUCGAGAUGAUUCUGCACAUCAAGCGGCUGCAGUUAAGCGAUUUCGGGGGCUACAAGUGCAUCUCCAAGAACAGCAUCGGCGAUACGGAGGGCACCAUCCGACUUUAUGAAAUGGAGCGUCCUGGGCAUGUCAAAAAAAUUCUUCGUGAUGAUGAUCUCAACGAAGUGUCGAAGAACGAGGUGGUGCAGAAGGACUCGCGCAGCGAGGAUGGGUCACGCAACCUGAACGGCAGGCUCUACAAGGAACGGGCUCCGGAUCAGCACCCGGCCAGCGGGAGUGGCCCGGUCCUCGUCCGUGGGACAAUGCGGCUAAUCGGGACAUUUCUAUUAGCCUUAUUGGCAUUAUUAACGGCGACUGCGAUGGCGAAGGCCGGGCCCACAUUGUCCUGCCACACAAAAGGUGGCAGACAAAAGAAGGCCAAGAAAGCGAGUUUCACUUGCCAGCAGGAUGGGGACGCUGUUGAGGAUAAGGAUGAGGAUGGGGAUGAGAAGAAGGAUAAGCGCGAGGAUGGUCAGGCGGAAAAGUGGAGGAGGUGCUGGGAAAGAUCAACGCAGAGUUGGAGACGGGCAACGCCGGCAGAGUAAGAUUAUUAUAGCUUAAUUCAAUUGUAAUUAUACAAACAAGAUUAUGAUGCAAAAGGCUCUGACCCGCCCCUCAACCCGCUCUCCCCACAAACAC